GUGAACGUUACGUUUUUAGGUAAUAUUCAUUGUUAGUGCUAUUAUUGAAUGAUCAACGCAAGCAUUCGCGUAUGCUCUGCUGUUCCGUUUUUCUCGCGCUCUUGGGUGGGAGUAACUUAUUUUUGUUGCCAUCUUUAUUCAGCUGAAUCUCACGUCAUUUCUUUAUCUGGUGCCUGCCGUCUGAAAAAGAAGGUUAUGUUAGGAGGAAAAACAAACGCUCAGCAAUAACUCGCACCACAUCCAAAGCUGUAGCACGUAUCACAUGAUCCUGUGAUAAUUUUCGAAAAACGCUGGGAACAUGUGGGAUUGAAGGAAUCUUGAAUGGCCAAAGGCAGUCAAGCCAAUAGAUAAGUGAGCAGUGUAUUUACUUUUUCUUAAAUGAAGUCGUACUGGUGUUGCACAAAUGAGGAAUAACAUGGUUGUCAGGCUAAAUGAUUAUCCACUUCUGCGAUUCUAUUCACAUGCAAAUAAAGGAUUUGCUAUACAUAUAUAUUCAGCUUCCUUCGCUUUGCCCUGUUUUUCGAUACUUGAGUAUGUCUAUCCCUCUUCUGAACUUGAAUGGUGCCUCCAUCAUUGAAUUGCAUAGAAAUAUUUGAGACUACGUGAAUUAUUGAUGAUUAUUUGUUGCUAAUUUAUCCUCUUUUCUUUACUAACGUAUCCGGUUCUGCACCCUUACUCUCUUUUUCUGAAUUAAUUGAAAACAAAUGUGAAAUUCAAGCACAAAUUCGUGAAUACAUAAGUAACCUGGAUGGGCAGUCAUAAAAAGCUGUUGAAACGAGCCCAAAGCGGUUAGUGAAAGAUAAGCUCGUAGUUUAUAAAGGCUUGUCUGUGAAGACAAAUUUUUGAAUAGAUAAAUUUAUCCAUAUACCGGGUAAAAUAAUCCAGCUAUGAGCUCUGGUUAGACAAUACAGAACAAAGCCGUGUGGCGGUCGCGUACGUGGGACUUGUUGCCAAGACCUGCAUCGGCUUCGUUUUUCAUAUGAUUCCCUUUCAUGAUGCCAUUUAUCGCAUUUGUCGUAUGCCCCCGAUGACGGUGUUGUGUGUGGAGUCUAUUGUGAUCAUGAUGUUUACCAUCGCGUCGGCUCACCUAUAUGGGCUGUUUCCCUCUAAAAUUAAUACUAUGAUGGGUCUGUCAGAAUUCUUCCACUCUAAUAUCCUGAGUGUGAUCAUGUAUGCGUUGUAUUGUAUCUAUAGUGGUAAGCUCUCAAAGGUCGAUGGGCUUAGUUAAUCUUUGGGGAACACAUUUACACUCGAUAGACGGCUGAACGGCGAUCUCGUCUCGUAUCGUAGCAAAUGUCUAUAGCACUGUGGAGUAUCCCUUUUACUAAGUGACUUGCUAACCAGGUGUUGUUUUUGAGAUAAAGGGAUUGUGAUCCUGAUAUUCGACAUUUUAGAACUGUCUUCGUUUCACGAUGUGUUUUACGACUAAUAUUUUUUGGAAUUCUUUUUACAUAUUUUUUACACAACUAAUCGUUGUGUUUCUUGUUGGUCUAUACGAGCACAGACUUUUCAAGUAUACAAAAUGAUUUAAAUAACCCAAAAUGAACAACAUUGUUGAAUUGUAUUCCUUUUUUACUUUAUAUUUUAUCACUUAAAAAGGUGUCAAACACCUAACAUAAUAAUUUAAGUGCUGGCUAAAUGAUUUUAUCUCGGACCAACAAAGGGAAUAGGAGGUACUCCAAUAUUGUAUUAGUGGCGGAUCUACCUAUUUUCCGAGAGUCAUGUGCCAAAAUGGCGAAAUGCUGUUAAAUUGAUAAGUUCAAAUUAUACAUCGAAAUGUGGGGAACAUGGGAAAAAGGUAAAGUACUUCAUACAAAAGUAACCCUUAGAGAUGUGACUGAAUUCCCCGACAUACUAUCAAUCU